CUAGCCUCUUUUUCUGUUUCCGGUGUUCACUCAACAGUAUGGCGGCGAUGAGUGGUGCUGGGGAAACGAUGGAGAAUUGGCCUGAGAUAGAGAAAGCCGCAUCGGAGAAGAGACGCGAACUUGUUCUACAGGGUCCAAACAUCGAUAAGAAAAUUCAAGAGGGUGGACUGAAUCCCAAAAUUUACUCGCUAACACUCUUGAAUUAUCUUGAAAUCAGCCAGUGCCCGAGUCUAUUAGAAAUUCAUCAAGGCAUUGAAAACCUGACACACCUCCAGAGUUUGAUCCUCUGUAGAAAUAAGCUAUCGAUAGUUCCUAAAGCCGUUGGCAGUCUGAAGUCCCUGAAGGUUUUGGAUGUUUCUGUGAACGAACUAGAGGCUUUACCCGAUGAGUUAUCCCAGCUCGGCGAACUCAACACCCUGAACGUCAGCUGCAAUAAGAUCAGAGGCCUUCCCGCUGGACUGAGCAGGUGCACGAAGCUGUCCACCAUCAAUAUCUCCAAAAACAACAUUACUCAUUUCCCUGAAGACCUUUACUCCGCUCAUCUGGAACUUCUCAGCACAAUUGUUGCAUCUGAGAAUUCAAUCGAAGAACUGAGUGGAGAUAUCAGUAAUCUGUCGGCACUUAAGAAUCUGGACCUCUCCAACAACAAAUUAACUGAUAUCCCAUUCGACCUAGCCGACUGCGCUAAACUGAAGGAGAUCAACUUUAAGGGGAACAAACUCAAAGACAAGCGACUGGAAAAGAUGGUGAAUGGUUGCCAAACUAAAUCCAUUCUAGACUACCUGCGGGCUGGCGGCAGAGGUAAAGGAAAAGGUAACCAGCACAACGAAAGCGAGAAGGAAUCUAGCAGGGAGAAAGAUAAAAAGAAAAGGACCGACAAGCGACAGAAACAUAAAAAAGAUGAGGACGAGAUGGAAGAAGUAAACCGAAUGGUAGUGAAGGUUCUACAUGUCUCGGAUAGCGCUACAGCGUUCACGGUGAAAGUGGCCUCACUAGUGAAGGACGUCCGGCCCUACAUCGUUUGCUGUGUUGUGAAAGGCAUGAAUUUGAAGCCAGGAAAUGCACUUAAGAGGUUUCUCGUCGCACAGAUGAAACUCCAUGAUGAAAUGUGUGGGAAAAGAACACUGGCAACAAUUGCAACCCAUGACCUGCAGUUCCUUCACUGGCCACUGCUAUAUGAUGCCAGACCCCCUACAUUGCUGAAGAUUGUCCCACUGAGCCGUAAAGAGACGAACGCUGUGGACCUGCUGAGGCAGCUCCAGUUUGAGGCGGAGGAGCAGAGGAAGCAGAAGAAGCGGCAGAAUGUGUCGGGCCUCCACAAAUAUUUGCAGCUUCUUGAUGGGAAAGAAAACUACCCCUGUGUGGUUGAUGCACAGGAUCACAUCGUUUCAUUUCCACCGAUCACCAACAGUGAGAAAACAAAGAUGAGAAAGUCCACAGCUGAGUUGUUUGUGGAGGUGACCAGCUCUACCAGUCUGCAGAUCUGUAAGGAUGUUAUGGAUGCUCUGAUUGUGAAAAUGGCCGAGCUGAACAAGUUCACCUUCGAGCACAAAGAGGAGGUCCAUUCGGACGGGGAGUCGGACCCGGUCGCCGAGCCCGCCGCGGAACCGGCGCCGAGCGAGAUGACCUCGUCGGAACUCGUGGUGCAGCAGGUCCGAGUCGUGGACACGGACGGGAACCUCAAGGUCGUGUAUCCGUCGAAAACGGACCUCGCGUCAGACGCGACCAACCUGACCGUCAUACGCUAGCACCGUCCCAAGGGCAAACGCUGCACUCUUCAUUUAGAAGAAUAGGAAAACACUGGCUUUGUAAAUGCAGUGCAGAAAUGUGGCCCUUGAUCUGUUCUUUACUCUUUUGGUCACAUCGAUUGACUUCCUACAUAUUAGUGGGAUUCUCGUAUGUAGAUGUGUACACCAAUAGGACUGUACUAACUGUAACACCAAACACUUUGUAAAAUUACAUUUGAUUUUAUGUUAUUUCAGUGUCUGUGGGCAAUAUAUAUAUGUGGGGAGACAACAUGUACUGUCCCCUGUGUUCAGCAAGUAUGAAAUUAAAUGGCACUACAGAGGGAUCUUAAAUUAGAAAAAUUGAUGGUUUAUUGGGUUCUAAAUCUGGUUGUAUGUUUUGUUUCAGUUCUUAACACCUAUUUAGCUUGUGUGUCAAAAGACACAACAUCGGUGUUUACUACUUUAACUGCUAAUGCUAGUCCUGUUAUUCCACAGAAGAUGCAGGGCGUGAAUGUAUUUGACAUCUGAUCUACAGUGAUUAUUCACAUUUAUUGGGAUUCAUAUUAAAUAUCUGUGUCACUGUAAGACAA